AUGGAACGAACUUUGGUGUUACUGAUAAUUUAUUCAGUUUUGGUGGGACUUAAUGUUUUUGCAUGGGCAGAAGCUGGGUUAUUAAAUCCAUCCCAGUUGGAAAUGUUUGUUGAUGAACUCCCAAACAUGCCUAAAAUCAAAGGCUAUAAUGUUGUAAAUGGUUUUCCAGCUCCCAAGUCUCUCAAGGUUGGCAUGUUUCACAAGAAAUGGAAAUUCCAUAGAGAUCUUCCUCCAACUCCAGUAUUUGCAUUUGGUUUAUCAAAGCAUGCUGCAACAAUUCCUGGUCCUACAAUUGAAGCUCUUUACGGAAUUCAAACUUAUAUAAAAUGGAGAAAUUAUCUUCCCUCGAAGCACAUAUUGCCCUGGGAUCCAACUAUUCCAACUGCCAUACCGUCCACGAAGAAGGGCAUCCCUACAGUUGUGCACCUCCACGGAGGCAUAGAUGAACCUGAGAGCGAUGGAUUCUCAACCUCGUGGUUCACUGCCAAAUUCAAAGAGCGGGGACCUACAUGGUCGAAGAAAAAGUAUCACUACCAAAAUUUUCAGCAUCCGGGGAACCUAUGGUACCAUGAUCAUGCUUUGGGGCUGACUAGAGUUAACAUUUUGGCUGGCUUGUUAGGCGCCUACAUCAUUCGGGAUCCAAAAGUGGAGGCACCACUUAGAUUGCCAUGUGAUGAAGAAUUUGAUCGUCCAUUGGUCAUAUUUGAUAGGAGCUUUUGGACUAAUGGUUCAAUAUUCAUGAAUUCGACAGGAAGUAAUCCAUCAAUACAUCCACAGUGGCAAAUGGAGUAUUUUGGCGAUGCAAUCAUAGUCAAUGGGAAGGCAUGGCCCCACAUGGUCGUGAGGCGACGAAAAUAUAGGUUCAGAAUUAUUAAUGCUAGCAAUGCAAGGUUUUUCAAAUUCUAUUUUGUCAAUGGUUUAAGAUUUAUCUACUUGGCGUCUGAUUCAGCAUAUAAUGCAAGACCGAUAAUGGUCAACGACAUCCUUUUGGCCCCAUCUGAAAUUGCUGAUGUGGUCAUUGACUUCUCGGAGUCAAAUUCUGAUUCAGUUAUUUUGGCUAAUAAUGCAUCAUAUCCCUAUCCUUCUGGAGACCCUGUCAAUGAAGCCAAUAGCAAAGUCAUGAAAUUUAUCAUAAAAUCCCACCAUGAGUUGGACACGUCAAGAAUACCAAAAAAAUUGAUCCAUUAUCCUUCCCCAAAUUUAGCUAGUGCGUCACUGACACGGUACAUUGCCUUGUAUGACUACAUGAGCAAGAACGAUGAACCUAUAUAUUUGUCCAUCAACGGAAAAUCAUAUGAAGAACCAGCAACUGAGACACCAAAAGUGGGGGCAACAGAGAUUUGGACUGUGAUCAAUUUAACGGAAGAAAAUCACCCAAUGCAUAUUCAUCUCGGACUUUUUGUAGCCUUGGAUCAAACGGAAUUGGUGAACAUUGAUGAAUUUAAAGAUUGUAUGUUGGAGAACUACGACGCUAUCAAGUGCCAUGUUGGCAAGUAUGCGCGUGGAAAGAAGAUAGAGGUACCGGCUCAUGAGAAGGGAUGGAAAAAUGUUUACAAGAUGAUGCCUGGAUAUGUUACAAGAAUACUAGUCAGGUUUUCUUACAUUCAUUCAAACGAAUCAUAUCGGUUUGACGCAACUGCAGAACCUGGCUACGUCUAUCACUGCCAUGUCUUAGAUCAUGAGGACAAUGUGAUGAUAAGGCCAUUGAAAUUAAUCAAGUAG